AUGACCACCCUCUCCCCGGAAAACAGCAUCUCUGCCAGGCGGUCAGCCUCCUUCAUCCUGGUGAAGAGAAAACCCCCCAUUGACAAGACAGAAUGGGAUGGCUUCUUUGACGAGAAUGGUCAUUUGGCCAAGUCACGAGACUUCAUUUGUGUUAACAUCCUGGAAAGGGGUCUGCACCCCUUGGUGAGGACGGAAGCCUGGAAGUUCCUCACUGGCUACUACUCAUGGCAGAGUUCCCAGGAUGAGCGGCUCACAGUGGACAGCACAAGGAGGAAGAAUUACGAGGCCUUAUGCCAGAUGUACGAGAAGAUUCAGCCCCUUCUGGAAAACCUGCACCGGAACUUCAUAGAGACUCGGAAUAACAUCGCAUAUGACAUCCAGAAGCUCUACGACAAAGACCCCCUGGGCAACAUCCUUAUCGACAAGAAGAAGCUAGAGAAGAUCCUGCUCCUGAGUUAUGUCUGCAACACCCAGGCAGAGUACCAGCAGGGCUUCCAUGAGAUGGUGAUGCUUUUCCAGCUGAUGGUAGAACAUGACCAUGAGACCUUCUGGCUUUUCCAGUUCUUCCUUCAGAAAACGGAGCACAGCUGUGUCAUUAACAUUGGGGUGGGCAAGAACCUAGACAUGCUCAACAACCUGAUCAACUUCCUGGACCCCAUGUUUGCUGAGCACCUAAAAGGGAAGGGUGCGGGGGCCGUGCAGUCCCUCUUCCCCUGGUUCUGCCUCUGCUUCCAGCGAGCCUUCAAGUCCUUCGACGACGUCUGGAGGCUCUGGGAGGUGCUGCUGACAGGGAAGCCCUGCAGGAACUUCCAGGUGCUGGUGGCCUACAGCCUGCUGCAGAUGGUGCGCGGGCAGGUGCUGCAGGAGAGCAUGACUGGCGACGCCAUCCUCCUGGCCUGCAAUAACCUCAUCGACCUUGAUGCCGACGAGCUGAUCUCUGCAGCCUGCCUGGUUUAUGCUGAGCUCAUCCAGAAGGACGUUCCUCAGCCAUUACAGGAUUUCUUUCUCUGA